AUAAAACCGUUUCCCAGCCAGUAGAAUUGUGCAAUUCAGCAAGUGCACAUCGAGGAGUUUGGCAAAAUUUCACCACCCUUAGAAAUUUCACAUUUUCAAUACCGAAAACUUCAAUUUCACUCAAUAUGUGGAAUAUAAUUUUGCUGAUCCUAAUCCUGUUCUUGCUUUAUAAAUAUGUGAGGCGUCACUAUACUCACUGGCAAAGAUUGGGAAUGGACGAGGAGCAGGCCAAAAUCCCCUUUGGAGUAAUGGAUACUGUAAUGAAACAGGAACGCAGUUUGGGAAUGGCUUUAGGUGACAUAUACGCCCGUCACGAAGGCAAAAUAGUUGGAAUAUACAUGAUGAAUAAAAGGAGUAUCCUCAUCCGAGAUGCCCAAUUGGCUCGCCAGAUCAUGACCAGUGAUUUCGCUAGUUUCCACGAUCGUGGGGUUUACGUGGACGAGGACAAAGAUCCGCUAUCGGCCAAUCUCUUCAACCUGAGAGGUGUAUCAUGGCGAAAUCUCCGUCAGAAACUCACGCCAUCGUUCUCCUCUGGAAAAAUAAAGGGAAUGUUCGGAACGAUCGACGAUGUGGGCGACAAGUUAGUGCAGCAUUUAGAGGGUGUUCUGGACCAGAGUGACGAAGUGGAGAUCAAAGAUGUGAUGACCACCUAUGCAGUGGACAUCAUUGGCUCGGUGAUCUUCGGCUUGGAGAUAGACAGCUUUAGCAAUCCGAAAAACGAGUUUCGUGAAAUUAGCAGCUCUACGUCUAAGGAUAACUCCCUGCUGCUCAAGAUCCACAAUAUGUCCAUGUUCAUAUGCCCACCAAUUGCGAAGCUAAUGAACCGAUUGGGUUAUGAGAGCCGCAUUUUGACAUCCCUUCGAGACAUGAUGAAGCGCACCAUCGAAUUCCGGGAGCAGCACAAUGUCGUCCGUAAGGAUAUGCUGCAGCUUCUGAUCCGACUCAGGAACACGGGUAAGAUCGGCGAGGAUGACGAUGAGGUAUGGGACAUGGAAACUGCACAGGAACAGCUCAAGUCAAUGUCGAUUGAGAAGAUUGCUGCCCAGGCUUUUCUGUUCUACGUGGCUGGAUCGGAAUCCACUGCAGCCGCUUCCGCUUUUACUCUCUAUGAGUUGUCCAUGUAUCCGGAGCUUCUGAAGGAGGCGCGUGAGGAGGUGGAUGCAGUGCUUCAAAAGCACAAUCUUAAACCCAAGGAUAAGUUCACCUACGAGGCAGUGCAGGACUUAAAGUUUCUGGAGCUUUGCAUCAUGGAAACCAUUCGGAAAUACCCCGGGCUACCAUUCCUCAAUCGAGAGUGCACUGAAGAUUAUCCUGUACCCGGUACUAACCACAUUAUAACCAAGGGAACCCCCAUCCUGAUCUCGCUCUUUGGCAUCCAACGUGAUCCCGCUUACUUCCCCAAUCCCAAUGGAUAUGAUCCCCACCGAUUUGAUGCGGAUACUAUGAACUACGACCAGGCAGCUUAUAUGCCAUUUGGAGAGGGUCCCAGGCACUGCAUAGCUCUUCGCAUGGGAAAAAUAAACUCCAAGGUGGCUGUGGCCAAGGUCUUGGCCAAUUUCGAUCUGAUACAGGCUCCCCGCAAGGAGGUUGAGUUCCGUUUUGAUGCAGCACCUGUUUUAGUGACCAAAGAGCCACUGAAACUUCGAUUGACCAAGAGAAAGCAUCAGAAGGUGGAGAGGUUGCGGGUGAGAUUGGUGCCCGCUGGGACGGAGGAACGGGCCAGGAAUAUCAUUGCCAAUGUGGUGCUAGAGGAUGGUCUGGUGCCGUUCAUAGAUGACCAUGCCGCGGAGAAGGUAACCCUUAUCGCCCAGGAGUCAGCUGCUCCAGUUUCCGCCUCCAGUCAGCAGCCACGACCCCGAUAUUACGCUGUAGGGCCCUCCACCUACAAGUUACUGUGCCCACUCUGUCGGGAGAGAAGCGAAGCGGCUGUGAUGAGGGCAGCCACUUGCAAGGACGCCAGCUUUUGUCUCAGUCUGCUUUCCUGCAUUUUUCCACUCUUUUGGAUCUGCUGCGUUUGCACCUGGUGCGGAUGCAACCGGGAAUGGACCACCAAGGGUGUUUAUUGCAGCUCGUGUGGCGGCAAAGAAACGGCGCAGGAGAUUCGGGAGCGGGAGGCCAAGACUCUGGAGGAUCGGAAGGAACGGAAGAUCUACGAAAACUUUGCCACACCCCUGGCAGGCACUUUUCUCAACCUCCCACGCGAUCCUGUAGAGAUCAAGUGUCCCGCCUGCGGCAUCAAGGAUCUGAGUGUGGUGCAGAAUGAUCUCAAGUGGUGGGCCAGUGAACUGAACCGCAUUUCUUCGUUUGAUUUUGAAACAGUCAACAUCUGGCAGUUCGACAUGGCUCAGGAUCCGCAAGCACUUUACUUUGCCGUCGGUCCCGGUCCCAACGAGAUCACCUGUCCUUAUUGCAGGGUUAAGGCAAAGACCCGUGUGGUGCGAUCCUGGCUGCGUUGUUGCACCAAGAGACACCACUGUGGGGCCUGCGGGGAGUACCUGGGCUCACCAAACAUUCUCGCUAGAAUACACAUCAUGGCCGUAGACGAACCGCAGAUUGUGGCCAUUAGUGUCAGUCAUAAACAACAAGUGGGAUACCUAAAAGAGGAGCCCACAUGGAUACAUUGUCCUUCGUGUGAAAAAUACGGAACCAGUGUGGUUCAACUGGAGGUGGUUACUUGCCUUCAGAAAUUUCUGGGAUUCACAAAACUUUGUAAAAAGUGGCCAGGGCGUCAGGACAUUAACCACUAUUGCUCACACUGCGGCUGUUUCAUUGGAAGAUUCGUAGACAUCAGCUGCAUGGAACGGUGUAUUUCAAGAUCAGCUCGUAAACAAGCGGCUGUGGAUGAUAUGACUCUGAAAACACGUCCAAAGGACUGCGCCGAAAGGGCCCAGAAAUCCCGGGAAAAAGUUCUGGGCAAUAGAGAAAAGAAAAGGGCAAAGAAAGCAGCCAAGGAACUGGAAAAGUCCCAAACACAAAUAGCAUUGUUCUUAUCCGUGUGCGUGGUGGCCCUGGUGGCCGGCAUCGUCGUUGCCGAUGACAGCAAAGGACCCAAAGUGACCGAGAAGGUUUUCUUUGACAUCACCAUUGGCGGUGAGCCCGCUGGUCGCAUCGAAAUCGGUCUGUUUGGAAAGACUGUUCCGAAGACUGUGGAGAACUUCAAGGAGCUGGCCCAGAAGCCCGAGGGCGAAGGCUACAAAGGCAGUAAGUUCCACCGCAUCAUCAAGGACUUCAUGAUCCAGGGUGGCGACUUCACCAAGGGCGAUGGUACCGGAGGACGCUCCAUCUAUGGCGAGCGCUUCGAGGAUGAGAACUUCAAGCUGAAGCACUAUGGUGCCGGCUGGUUGAGCAUGGCCAACGCUGGCAAGGACACCAACGGAUCCCAGUUCUUCAUCACCACCAAGCAGACCAGCUGGCUGGAUGGACGUCACGUCGUCUUCGGCAAGAUCCUGUCCGGCAUGAAUGUGGUGCGCCAGAUCGAGAACUCGGCCACCGAUGCCCGCGACCGUCCCGUCAAGGAUGUGGUCAUCGCCAACAGCGGCAGCAUCCCCGUUGCGGAGGCCUUCUCCUUUAGUCUGAUUCGUUUACUCAAUAAAACCGGAAGAAUUUUCCAGACGAAUGCAAUUGAAUUACGGCCGGAACUUAAUUAUAAUACCUUGCUGAUACUUAAAUUACGGAACAUGGAAUCUCAAUGGAAUCGUUGGAUCUUGCUAGCUCUUUUUGGUCUAGUGCUGGGUCAGACUUCUCAGGCAGCCAAGAUCCUAGUCCUGUUUCCCCAUGCCAACGAGGGUCACUUUGCGGUAAUGCGGACUCUGGUGACGGAACUGGCCAGUCGUGAACACAUAAUUGAAGUUUAUACGGGUCAUGGUUUGGGAGAAUCCCUAGAAAAUGUGACAGAAACGGUGACAGCUGAAUAUCCCUUUUGGAGCGAGUUGCAAAAACAUGCGGCUCCAAAGGGAAACCUCGCUGAUCUUGGUCGUCUACCCACUGAGAACCUUCGCCAGUCGUUGGCCAGCGUUGGAGCCCGUGCCCUGGAUCACUUUCUCGCCCAAGAGCCCAUUCAGAAAUUGCUUAAGAUGUCUUACCUUGAGUUUGACUUUGAUGUGAUCCUAGUGGACUACUUCUAUACGGAAGCUCUGCUGGCAUUGGGAGCUCUUCAUCAGAGGCCUGUUGUUGGGAUCAUUUCCACAGAUUUUGGCAACUAUAUGGAAGCCGUGCAGGAGGCACUGGUUCCCGCCGCCUGUACCCCAAUCGAUUUUGAGCGGGAUUUGUCCCAGUUGGGCUUCUCCGAGCGACUUGGAAAUAUCCGGGAAUGUGUUGCCCGCAGGAAGAGGUUCAUCAAGGAUCACUACGGCGGUCAGGAGCAACUGGUGGCCAAGUACUUCAAGCUGCAGCACUCGAUCCCCGAACUGCAGGCCAGCCAGCUAUCGGUGCUUCUGCUAAAUAGUCAUGUGCCCUUAAUGACUCCUAAAGUUAGCAUCCAGCAGAUUGUUCCCGCUGGUGGUCUACAUAUCCGGGGUCCCAAGGAACUGCCCUGGAAUGUGAAGCGUUUUCUGGACGAGGCACGACCUGGAGUUAUCUACGUACAACUGGGGAAUGAGCAGCCAUGUGGUCAGCUAGCCAAGGAAAAACUGGAUACCCUGUUUACCUUCUUCUCCUCCCGAAAAGAGGGUAUCAUCUGGACCUGUCACGAUGUGAAGAAGCUGGAUGGUUUGCCUAAGAAUGUGAUGAUCCAACAUGCAGUGCCGCAAAUCGAUAUCCUGGCGCAUCCAAGGGUCAAGGUCUUCCUGACCAAUGGUGAUCUGCUCAACCUGCAGGAAGGCAUCGUCCGGAAUGUGCCCAUUUUGGGAUUGCCUCUCUUCCAGCACGAAAGGCGAAACAUGGAGCUGGCCGUGCGAUUGGGAGUGGGACUUCCGCUGGAGGAGGGGAAUGUGACAACCAACUCCCUAAACUGGGCAGUGGAUAGACUGCUCAAGGAGUCACACUUCCAGUUGACGAUUCGUGAUGUAUCCCUGGAGUUCAGGGACCGUCCUCUUGGCGCCCUGGCCAGCGCUCUCUUCUGGGUGAACUACGUGGCCCGGCACAAAGGAGGAGCGGCUUUAAAGACCCGUGGAGUCGGGAUCUCCUCCUGCCAACUGCACCUGUUCGACCUCUUUGUGUUCUAUGCCGGAAUCGCUACUCUAGUUGUAACCCUACUGGCGGCCCUAAGCUAUUGUGGCUUUUAUGUUUGGAAUAAGAAGAACAAUUCAAAGUUGACCAAAGUAAAAUAAAUUAAGUAAAUUUAUGUAUGAAAAUAAAAUGCAUACAAUGCAUAUUUUAUUGCAAUCUGAA